CAAUCAGGUCCCAGCCCUACAAGCUAUAAUAUAGCAAUAAAGGCAGACUCAUUUCACAGGCGUCUGUAGCAUCAGGCUGCUACCAUUUAAAUCAAACGCUUUUUGUUCUUGAUUGCUGUCUCAGGUCUAAACUCCGAUGUGUUCCGUUAUCAAGGACCUCCAGUCUGCAAUUUCAGCACCUGUUUUACUAGGAAUCGGUGGAUAGUAAGGGGAGCAGACAAUACACAAGGACAUAGGAAGGGGUAUACCAUCUAGGGAAGCUGCACACACUGAGCUUUUAAACUGUUGGAUUCUAUGGACGAGAUGUUGGUGUUGACAAGACUUCUCCUGGUGGGCUUUAUCAGCGCUCUGGUGGUACCUUCUGGGCUGACUUGUGGACCAGGCAGAGGCAUUGGAAAAAGGAGGCACCCUAAAAAGCUGACCCCCUUAGCUUAUAAGCAAUUCAUCCCUAAUGUGGCUGAAAAGACCCUAGGGGCCAGUGGAAGAUAUGAAGGCAAGAUCACAAGAAACUUCGAGAGAUUUAAAGAACUAACCCCAAAUUAUAACCCAGAUAUUAUUUUUAAAGACGAAGAGAAUACUGGAGCUGACAGACUGAUGACUCAGAGAUGCAAAGACAAGCUCAAUGCCUUGGCAAUUUCUGUGAUGAACCAGUGGCCUGGGGUAAAGUUACGGGUGACUGAGGGCUGGGAUGAAGAUGGGCAUCACUCUGAGGAAUCCCUGCACUAUGAGGGCCGAGCAGUGGACUUGACAACAUCAGACAGGAACCGCAGUAAAUAUGGCAUGCUAGCCAGGUUGGCUGUAGAGGCUGGUUUUGACUGGGUCUACUAUGAGUCGAAGGCUCACAUCCACUGCUCUGUCAAAGCAGAGAACUCUGUGGCUGCUAAAUCUGGUGGCUGCUUUCCUGGUUCCGCAACAGUGACCUUGGAAAACGGGGACAAAAAAUCUGUGAAGGACCUGGGUCCUGGAGAUCGAGUUCUAGCAGUGGAUAAUUUGGGGAGGCUGGUAUACAGUGACUUCUUGAUGUUCAUAGAUAUACAAGAGAGAGCUAAAAAAUUGUACUAUGUUAUAGAGACUUCAGAUCCUCCGGAGAGGAUUAGACUGACAGCUGCUCAUCUCUUAUUUAUUUCACAAAAUGAAGAAAAUGGAACUAGGAUUUUCAAAUCAAUCUUUGCUAGUAAUAUUCGUUCGGGAGACAUGGUGUAUAUAGCAGAUCCAACAAAUAUGAGCUUGAAGAGUGCUCGGGUAAAGAAAGUUUACACUGAAGAGGGAAGUGGAGCGUACGCACCGUUGACGGCUCAUGGCACUGUGGUCAUAGACGGGGUGCUUGCAUCCUGCUAUGCUGUUAUUGAAGACCAUAGCUGGGCACACCUGGCAUUUGCCCCACUACGGUUUGGUUUAAACCUCUUGUCCAUUUUUAACCAUAAAGACCUUAGUUCCUCAUCUUCCAUAUCUACUCAAGAUGAAGGUAUUCACUGGUACUCAAAAGUUCUUUAUCAGAUAGGGACCUGGGUUUUGAAUAAAGACUCCAUUCACCCAUUAGGAAUGGUAGCAAAAUUGAGUUGAAAAAAAAAAAUUAACAGAGAAAGACUUUAUAUGUAGGACAGUCCAAAGUAGACAUCAAGGAAUCAAAGAACUUUACUUUCUCCUGAUUAUUUUUUUUAUUAUUAUUUUUUUAUUUUUUUUAUUUUGUAUUUUGGUUUAUUUUUUAUUUCCUACUGAAUAUUUAUUUGUAUUUUUUUUCUUUGGCAUUUGAAUAGAUGUUUAAUAUUAACUGGACAUUCAAGAGCCUUAAAUAGUUUCUUUGAUAAUUUAUUGUCAUGUGAAAUUUUUGUGGCCUCAAAUGAAAAGGGAUGUCUUUUUUUUUGUGAGACCAGGAUAACUCAUCAGAGUCUAUUUUUCUAUGUCACUUAUAAGUUCUGUCUUUCAGAAAACACAUUUACUGAGCACGGCUAAAAAUGUCCUUGUUCACUGCUCAGACAAGACCCUCUUGCAGGUCCUUCUAGCUAACAAGGUCUAUAUCAGUGAAAGUGUUAUAGAAAUGGGAAAAAAAAAGAAAAAAAAGACUUGUCUCAGUGGGGUCAAUAAAUUAUAUUUUUAUACAGAAUUGUAAAUUAGAUUUUUGCAGAGAUCAAUACUUAACUGAAUUACAUUUCAUUUUUGAAAUAGUGUACAUUAUAAGAAUAUAUUAUUUUAAUUUAAAUAGUUUCACAAGUUAACAUUGUCUCUUAUAUUUGUAUCUUAAGUUAAAUAUCUUCCUCAUCUAAAACAAAAGCAUUUGGUCACAUCUAUGUAAUUUAAGACUGUUACAAAAUGUAUUCUUGAAAAGAACAGGAAGCCUACCAUUUCUAACCUCAAAAGAGUUUACUUAAAACUUAUCAUAAAUAAUAAUAAUAAUAUUUUUUAAAACAAAGCGCACAUGAAAUAAAAACACUUCCAGAGGAUGAAGACUGUUUGUACAGAUAUAAGGAUGAUUUUCAUUAAUACAUUGAAAAUAACCGCUGUAAAUUUACUAAAAUGUAUUUUUUAAUAUUUUGUAAUAGUUUUAAUAGUUUUAUAGAAAUAAAAUGUGCUAUGCACAGCUCAGUUGGUAUUUAAUAACAAAA